AUGGACUCUGAAGAGGAAGAUCUGGUGCCAGAAGAAGCGGAACCCACGCCACCUGCACCAGUACCUGCACGCUCGAAAAGCCGCAAGAGCAAGGCGACCAAGAAGAAAGAGACGCCAGCCCUGGCGAGUAGUGUAAAGAAGGAAGAUACUCUGCUGAAUACUGACAAUCUGAAAACGUCUGAGCCGUCGUCUACGACAGGAUCGUCGUCCCAGCCGGCUGUGGAUGGGUCAUCAGCGUCACCCACGACGGCCCCUGUGGCCGAGGCGGCGAAGCCCAAUGCCGUGCCGCUCUCCGUACCUAAGCCGGACGUAGAUGCGGCCAAGCCCCCCUCCGCCCCUGUGCCGCAGCCUACACCGGCUGCCGCGACGCCUGCCCAGAAGCCUGCGGUCGCCAAGAGCCCAGUCACAAUGAAGGAGCAGCCUUCUGUCGUCACCACAAAGACUACGGACCCCAAGGAGGAAAGUCGCGCUUUCUGGAAAAAGGUAUACCAACGUGUCAUUUUCUCCUUGCUUAUGAUUGCGGGCUUUAGCUUUACAUUGGCGAUGGGCCCCUCGUAUUUGAUUCUUAUGGUUUUACUGCUCGAAACGAUGGUCUAUCGCGAAAUCUCCGCUCUCUUUAACAUUCCCGGCAACACAAUUCUAGGUUCGCGUGUCUCGCAAAGUGAGGCCGAGGAAGAAGAUGAAGAUGUGACGCAGCGCGAGAAAGAGCGCGAAGAGCUGUGGAGCAAGACGAUGAGCUGGUACUUCUUUGCUGUGUGCAACUUUUUCCUGUACGGCGAGUCUCUUGUGUACUACUUCAAGCACAUUGUUAUGACUGACUCGAUCUUUCUGCACUUUGCACGCCACCAUCGCUUCAUUUCGUUCAUGCUGUACAUGUUUGGCUUCAUGGCAUUCGUCUCGAACUUGAAGCGCCGCAACUUGAAGCACCAGUUUGCGCUGUUCUGCUGGGUGCACAUGUCGCUGAUGCUCAUUGUGCUCUCAAGCCACUUUAUUGUGUCGAACAUUUUGGAGGGCAUCAUCUGGUUCUGGGUGCCUGCCAGCUUGGUGAUUUGCAAUGACGUCUUUGCGUACGUGUGUGGUAUGCUCUUCGGACGUACACCGCUUAUCAGUCUGAGCCCGAAGAAGACGAUGGAAGGCUUUGUGGGCGCGCUGCUCAUUACGCUCGUGUUUUCGUGGUUCUGGGCUGGCUUUUUCCAGCAGUUCAGCUACUUGACGUGCCCUGCUGUGGACCUUGGCAUGAAUGUAUUCAACCCCCCCGAUUGUGCGGCAAACCCUGUGUUUGCCACGCACUAUGCGCCUCUCCCAUCACAAGUGGCCGAGGUACUUACGACGUUGUUGGGCCGGCCCAUCACACAAAUCUCUUGGACGCCCUUCCAGUUCCAUGCUGUGGUGAUGGCUGCGUUUGCGAGUCUGGUUGCUCCGUUCGGUGGCUUCUUUGCCAGCGGCUUCAAGCGUGCAUUCAAAAUCAAAGACUUUGGGGACAGCAUCCCCGGACACGGUGGCCUAACAGAUCGCUUCGACUGUCAGUUUGUCAUGGGCCUGUUUAGCUACGUGUACUACACGUCGCUAAUCCGUGACACGCGCUUCACCGUGGAAAUGGCGCUGCAGAUGGUCACGACACACUUGAGCGUGGAGGAUCAAAAGCGCUUUGUGAGUGAACUUUCGGCACUCGUGGCCAAGCUUUGA